GCCGGGCUGCCACUGCCCAUGAUUACUUGUACCGUAGCUGAUUUUAGCUUCCUAGUCGCUUGCUUGCUGGUGGUUGGUCGGAACGAGGUGUUUGAACAUCCAUCGCGACUUCCUUCCCUUCGAUGCUAUGCCCGGGGAUUGGAUUGCUGGACGGCCUUAAACAGGUCUUUCCCAUGCCACGUUCCCCCUCUCUUUUUCUCACCACCUCUCAUCUCUUUUUUUAAUCCGUCGACCUCCUGGCUCAACAUUCGUUACCUCGCCGUAACCCACCUUCUUUUCACUGCUCUUCAGCAUUUUUAUGUGUGAGAUCCAAUCGCCUCGGAUCUCCUAAUUACAGUCUUUACUACUUACCUACAAACAACUCCUCGAUCGAAUCCUGAAAAGCAUCAACAUUCCUCUAAUACCACGACCAAUAUCCUAUCACGACUCGGGGGGUGACGUCUGUUUGUUAUAACCUAGUAAUUUCUUUUAAGUAAGUUUUUCUGCAACGUUAUUUUCUGUUUACCUCUGGCGGCAAAUUUCAAACGGAUACAUGCACAGCGUUCGUUUGGACGGAUCAACACUCAUGAUGCACCACUAUUGGUCAAGACCCGUAUGACAGUCUUGCAAAGUUGGUUGUUCUGUGUUUGGCUAGUACAUCAGCCGAGAAAGCACGUUGUCAACCACAAUACGAGAAGACUUGCGCCCCAUUGCUCUUCGAUAUGAACUCCAUCGCAUCUCUUCCAACCUCCGUACGUUCCCAAAACUCGAAUGUUUAUUGACAAUUGUUGUAGUACCUUUUUCUGGCCAUCAUGAAGGCUACCCUUUUUACUCUCGGCUUUGCCGCCACGGCUUCAGCCAACAUAAUAUUCAACCAUGUUCCUUUGAAGUGUAAUAUCACCAGCACACAGAUGUACCAUGGAUGUCUUCGCGGUCAAGAUUGUACGGCACAAGGAGAGUAAGUUUGAUCCACUCCCUCUUUUGGACAUUGCCCGUACUGAUGGACUUUCAAUAGUUGUGUAGCACUCGAGAACAUUAACUACCCAAAGUCCUUUGGCGCAGUACCAAAUCUUCAACUCCGCGCCGAUGUUUUCUCUACCGAUGGCACUUGUGGACCAAAGAAUGGCAACACAGUCUGCGACCCAAACAGCAAAGCAUAUACUGGUGGAUGUUGUUCGGUAUGACUAUAGAUUCUGUAAAGACAUUAAAGUACUGACAACGGGAAUAGCAAUAUGGAUACUGUGGAAACACUGCUGACCACUGCGGCACCGGUUGCACUUCUGGAUGCCAGAGCCAACCACCAAAUGCUCCAACUAACCCAACAACCCCAGCAAACCCAGCACUCCCGAUUGCCGCUCGCCAGGAUGGACGAUGUGGAAAGGUGAGUUUACUCCGCUGGAGGAUGCAGAGGAUUCUUAUACUAAUAUAUACAGGAAUUUGGCAACAGUGCAUGUGAUGCCAAUGGCCCAUUCGGUGGCUGCUGCUCCGAAUACGGGUAAGUUUGUGUUUCUUUAACUCCCCAGCGUAAACCCCAGCGUUUUGAAUCUGUUUUCAUCUGUUUUUCAAUUGUCAUAUAUACAUACAAGCCAUUUGAACUUACACAUAACCCCCCUGUGAAGCUACUGCGGCUCAACCGAAGGUCACUGCAAAGCAUCAAAUGGAUGCCAAAACGGUUGCGAUGGAUCAAAUCCUCCUACCACCCCUGCCCAACCAAAUACCACAAACACUGCCGCAACCCCUGAUAGCCCAGCUCGUGAUGACGGAAGAUGUGGAAAAGAGUUCGGAGGCGCAUCUUGCGAUCCCCUCGGCGAAUUCGGAGGAUGCUGUUCGGAAUAUGGGCACGUUAAAUAUUUGCUUUUAUUUGCUCGAUUUAUAUUUGCAGGUUCCCAGCUAACAUCUCAGUGACAGUUUCUGCGGCAAAACCGAGGGCCACUGCCUCAAGGCCAAUGGAUGCCAAAACGGUUGCACUGAUGGUGGUAAUACUGGCAUCAAGGGAGGUGAUGGUCCUGCCGCACCUGCGCCUACUGCCUCCCCUGCAACUACUGGGGAACCUGUGAUCGCUCCAGCAACAUCAACAGCACCACCUCAUGUUGUUGCCACUGCCGCUGCCACUACUGAUGGAUCUUGUGGUAGCACCAACGGAGGAACCGUUUGCGGAAACUGGGCCAAUGGUAACUGCUGCUCCAUGUACGGUUUCUGGUAAGUUUUUCCAACUCCAGCGAUGUGAAGUCUAUUUUAACGAUAGUAGUGGUGCUACCAGCGCUCAUUGCGGAGCUGGAUGCCAAUCUGGUAACUGCCUCAACGCCCCAGCUGUUGCUGCUCCAGGACCAAGUCCUGCGCCUGCUGCCCCCAACAAGGGAUCUUUCAAGGUUGUAGGUGACUCUGGUGUGCCAGCUAUGCACGCUGCUCUCAUGCCCAAUGGAAAGGUGAUGUUCCUUGACAAAUUGGAGAACUACACCCAACUCAAGAACCCCAAUGGUGCGUAUGCCAUGUCAUCCGAGUAUGACCCUGCCACCAAUAAGGUUGUCCCUCUUGCAUACGAUACCAACGCCUUUUGCUCGGGAGGUGUUUUCCUCGCUGAUGGUCGUGUCAUCUCUGUUGGUGGCAACGGACCUUUGGACUGGCUAGACCCCAACAUCAAGGAUGGAUUCGACGCCAUCCGUUACUUGGGCAGAUCUUCCUCAGAUGCUGGUCUCGAUGGUCAAAGCUGGAGCGAACCCGGAAACAAGCUUGCUAGCAAGAGAUGGUAUGCGUCCGCCCAGACUAUGCCUGAUGGAACCAUCUUUGUUGCCUCUGGAAGUUUGAACGGACUCGACCCAACUGUUCUCGCCAACAACAACCCAACAUGGGAGCUUCUCGAUCGCAAUGCUGUUUCCAACGGACAAAACAUCGAGAUGGAGAUCCUGAAGAAGAACCAGCCAUACUACAUGUAUCCAUUCGUUCAUCUCCUUAACGACGGUAACCUCUUUGUCUUCACAUCCAAGUCUUCCCAAAUCUUCAACGUUGGUGGCAACACCAUUGUCAAGGAGCUUCCAGAUCUCCCAGGAGACUACCGAACCUACCCAAACACUGGUGGUAGCGUCAUGAUGGCACUCACCAGCAAGAACAACUGGGCCCCCGAUGUCAUCAUCUGCGGAGGUGGUGCUUACCAAGAUAUCAACUCGCCAACUGACGCAAGUUGUGGUCGUAUCCAACCUUUGGCCGCUGAUGCUACUUGGGAGAUGGACUCUAUGCCACAAGGUCGUGGUAUGGUUGAGGGUACUUUAUUGGCCGAUGGAUCUAUCGUCUGGCUCAACGGUGGAAACCGUGGAGCCCAAGGGUUCGGAAUCAUGAAAGACCCAACUCUCGAUGCUCUCUUGUAUGAACCAAACAAGCCCAAGGGACAACGAUUCAGCACUCUCGCCACCUCUGAAAUCCCCAGAUUGUACCACUCGGUUGCUCUUUUGCUCCUUGACGGUACUCUUAUGGUCACUGGUUCCAACCCAGUUGAGAUGCCCAUGCUUCAAGCCGAUGCCAACAACCCAUACGUGACUGAUUUCCGUGUUGAGAUUUACACCCCACCAUACCUCCAAGGAGACAACGCCAACAGACGUCCUACCAACAUUGCUAUCUCUUCUCUUGCCAUCAAGGCUGACGGCAGCAACUUCCAGAUCCAGUUCACCGCCCCUGCCAACGCAAAGGAGGUGAAGGUCUCAUUAUACCACGGUGGAUUUGUUACGCACUCGGUACAUAUGGGACACCGUAUGUUGGAUUUGGAUGUCAGUGGAUUCACAGCAGGUGGAACUCAGCAGAGUAUCACCGUUGCUGGGCCACCAAACCUUAACGUUGCUCCACCAGGACCAUAUGUUGUGUAUGUCUUGGUUGAUGGUGUUCCAGGUAUUGGACAAUUCGUCUCGGUCUCAUAGAGAGGAAGAGAUAUGUAUGUGUGAGUGUUUGCAUGAAUUAGGACCCAGGCCACAUUGUUUAGAAGAAACAUGGCUACGGCGUUGUGGAGCGGCUUUUUUUCGUGAAUUAAAUAAUUAGCUAGAUUGAAUGCCCAAAAAGAGGUUUCAAAUUAUUAAGAUUGCUUUCA